UCGGCACAAGAUGGCGACCACCGUGAGCGGGGUGUUUCGCGAGGAAUUGCGCGAUGCGAUUUUACGCAGCAAGGUGCUCGUCGUGGGUGCCGGUGGCAUCGGAUGCGAGAUCCUCAAGAACCUCGUCAUGUCUGGCUUCGCGGAUAUCGAGAUCAUUGAUUUGGAUACAAUAGAUGUAAGCAAUUUGAAUAGGCAAUUCUUAUUUCAAAAGAAACAUGUUGGAAAGUCAAAAGCCAGUGUUGCACGUGAGACAGCAUUAACAUUUAAUCCAGAUGUUAAAGUGGUGCACUACCAUGACAGUAUUACAUCAUCAGAGUUUGGUUUGUCAUUUUUUAAGAGAUUUACAGUGGUUCUAAAUGCUCUUGAUAACAGAGCAGCCAGAAACCAUGUCAAUCGCAUGUGCUUAGCUGCAGAUGUACCAUUAAUUGAAUCUGGUACUGCAGGCUAUGAGGGCCAGGUAGAACUCAUUAAAAAAGGUCUGAGCCAAUGCUAUGAGUGUACACCCAAAGCCGCACAAAAGACUUAUCCUGGCUGCACUAUUCGUAACACACCUAGUGAACCUAUUCACUGCAUAGUAUGGGCCAAGCAUCUCUUCAAUCAAUUAUUUGGAGAAGAAGAUCCUGAUCAGGAUGUUUCCCCAGAUACAGCAGACCCUGAAGCCACUGAUGUAGCAGGAGAGGGAGCUUUACAAACAGAGCAUAACGACAAAGGCAAUAUCGAUAGAGUUUCUACGCGCGUUUGGGCUCAAUCUUGUGAUUACGAUCCAGAAAAAUUAUUCACAAAACUUUUUCAUGAUGAUAUCAAGUAUUUGCUAAGCAUGGACAAUUUGUGGAAGAAGCGCAGAUCACCAACACCAUUGAAUUGGAGAGAAUUACCAGAUGGAGUGGCUGGAUGUAGUAAAGAAAUUAAUCAACCAGGACUGAAGGAUCAACAACGCUGGAGUAUUUCCAAGUGCGGUUCCAUUUUCGCCGACUCAUUGAAAAAUUUGAGCCAGGCAUUGAAAGCUUCCCAAGAAAAGUCGCUGGACAAUCAUCUGGUCUGGGAUAAAGAUGAUCAACAUGCGAUGGAUUUCGUAGCCGCAUGUGCCAAUAUUCGCGCACACAUCUUUGGAAUUCCUCAGAAGAGCAGAUUCGAUAUCAAAUCAAUGGCUGGCAACAUAAUCCCGGCAAUCGCAACCACGAACGCUAUAAUUGCGGGCAUGGUGGUCCUUCACGCUUUCCGAGUUCUUGAAAACAACCUACGGGCUUGUAGAUCUGUCUACUUGCGUCUAAAGAUGAACCAUCGUAAUCAGCUGCUGGUGCCAGAGAAGGCAGUAAAUCCGCCCAAUCCGCAGUGCUAUGUCUGCGCACCUACUCCACAGGCGGUUUUAGCGGUUGACACGUCCAACAUGACUAUCAAAGAACUAGAGGAGUUAGUACUCAAGAACAGACUUAACGUGAUCGCUCCUGAUGUCAUGAUCGAUGGCACUGGUGCUGUCGUCAUCAGCAGCGAAGAGGGCGAGACGGAAGGCAAUAACGACAAGAAAUUGGAAGAAUUGGGAAUCAGAGACGGAGCGAUUCUUAAAGUCGACGAUUUUCAGCAAAAUUAUUCACUGACUCUCUUUGUGGUUUAUCGAGAGAAACCUGGUCCAAAAGAUGACAGUCCAUCAUUUUUAAUACUGGCUGACAAGAAUGCACUUAAACCCAAGGAUGAGGAGGAAGAAGAGAAAGCCUCGACGUCUAAUGGACAGAACGUGACCGAAAUAUCAGAUACGGCUAAAAAGCGCAAAAACGAUUCAGCCGAUCUCGAAACUGAAGUUGCAAACAAGAAACGCAAAGUGGAAAUUGAUAAUAACAUAGAUAACGACGACAUUUGCAUUAUCGAUAAUGAUAAUGAACACCAUAACUUACCCGAAUUAAAAAAAUCGAAUCCAAGGAAACGGAAACUUUCCGAGGACACAGAUUGUUUGAUAGUGUGCGAUGAUCAUAUCGAUUAGUUUCCAAAGUAAGAGAUAAGUUUCAUAAUUUAAUACGAGAAACGAGAGAAUAUUUAAGACAUAAAUUGAAGAUAAAAGUACA